CCUCCGCCCCCGCCGGCCCCGCCCCCUCCAGGGCCUCCAGGGGCCUGCCCACGGCGAAGAGCCCCGCCAGGGCCGAGGCCAAGGCCUGCCGACACGGGAACGGAGACUAUGCGCAUUGCUAGCGCCAGCAUCCUUAUUGCGGUGCUCUGCCUGGCCGCCGAGGUUCGCGCGUUUGAGAGAGAGGGCAACGUGAGGCAUUACCGGCACGCCGCUCGCAGCAGGCAGGACGAAUUCUCGCCCGCCCGAAUGCAGAAGAUGCUGCGUCUCGAGGGGGGCGCGGAGGGCCGCCCCGUAGACUGCUGCCCGGCCGUCAUGGAGGUGAUAGAGCCCCGGAAAGGCAUCAACCAGGACGGCCUGCUCGUCGACCUGUACGUCGGCAACAACCCCAACAACGAGACGCAGCGCUUCUUCGAGUACUCGUGCCGGCCCGACGUGCUGAACCGGCCGUGCCGCUUCGUGGCCAGCAAGCUGCGCAACCAGUCGCACUGCGCGCAGAAGCACGGCUACCAGUACGCCAUCGUGCGGCAUGACGCCGCACACGACGCGCACCGCGACGCGCAGGGCGCACCGGGCGCGCACCACCCCAACGGGCUGUUCCCGGGUGGCUCGGCCGGCUGGAAGCUGGACUACAUUCGGCUGCGCUCGGGCUGCAGCUGCGAGGUGGUGCCCAAGAAGAACGACCGCAAGAAGGCGUCCGGCGCGGGCCGCGGCCGCUACAAGGGCCACGACGACAGCCGGGAGCUGUCGUCGCCGUCGUCGAUGAACCUCGGCCUCGGCGCGCGGGUCAACCUGGACCACCUGGACCACCUGGACCACCUGGACGACGAGGACAACACCUGAGUCGGCCGAGGGGCGCGUUGAGUCCUUCCGCUGCGAGCCGCCAGGCUGGAACUGCUGCUCGAAGCGCUGCUUGUAGUGCUUGUAGGCGACGCGGUUCCAGUGGUCCCAGUCAGGCCCCGGGGUGCGCCAGUGCCGCCGCGAGUGUGCGCGUGUGCCAGUCGGCGCGGCUUGCCGAGCUUCGCCAGCCCCAGCUCCGCGCUCCGCCAAGCGAGCUUCAUUCGCGUAGAAUCACAGAAAACGCGCGGUCACGCAGAGCACUGCACUAGUAGUGUCUUGACGGGGCAGGCCCCGCCUAGGCCGCGUGGCCCCCUCGGCACUGUAGAAGCUGCUGUUAUCGCCGCUUGUAGCCGCCACGGUGGCGGAGCGGAGGGCGCGUCAACCAUUGUGGACAUUCCCUCGACGCCGCCCCGCCACGCCCCGCCUCGCGCUCGAGCGGGCAGUGCCGCAGUUUGGCAGGAGAGACAUUUGGAGACGCGACUCCGACGCGCGCGUCGUUCUCAUCAGGCUAGUCAGGCAUAAAUUUCAAACAUUCGUUUUUACUUAAUGGGUGGCUGAAAAAUACGAAUACGUCAGUUGCUGAGACAAACGGCGGUAGUUAUUAUUUUUCCUUUCCUGUUUUAAGUGCAAUUUUUGCUACCAAUAGCAAAGGAAUACCUUUAAAGUCAUGAUAGUCAUUACCUGGCAGAUCCUAUCCAAAAUCAUUGUAAAGCCUCUGGCUGAUAAAAUAUAAAUGAAUUGAAAAUUGCAUAUUUUUAGGAAAUUUUGCUCCCUACUUGGUGCCCAUUCUAUGUCAUUAUAGGUAUUCUUUGUAUUUUAUUAUUAAAAAAAUUCUGUGCCAUAUUUAUUCUUGCGAUGAAUCUAUUCCAUUUAGGUGCCGCUUAGAUCUUGAAUGCGGCUGAACUUUCAAAGUUCCUUUUAUUAUAUAAAUGUUAUGCAGAUAAGUGUCCCUCACUUUUAACCUGAAAACUUAAAAUUUUAAAUGUGAAUGAUUUUAAAAUGAAAGAUAGUAUUUGUUCAUUGUGGAUCUCGUUACUAAUGACAGUUUAUUAGUCAUUUACCUCAGAAAAAUGAAAUGAUAGCUUUCAGUAAGCGAUUACAUUAAAAUCAAUAAAUGUAAGCAGCCUAAGGGUGUACUAGUUCAUGAACGAUGCAGCAGUUUGCUUGUGAUAAAUUAAAAGCUGGGGACACUCUUAGAAUGCUUGAUUUAUCUUAGUCUGGUGAUCUUCAGAAAAUAUAAUGUACUCAUGCCUGUAGAACUAUUUCAAAUUUGAGUCAUAUGAGUCAUCCAGCAUCAACAAUGGAUCAUUUGAAAUUAAAUUCUAGUUGCUUUCUUUGGUCUUAGAUCAAAAGUUUUUAUCUCUUUUGUGUAGAUUUUUCUUCUAUGAUUUUUUUUUUAAAAAAAGAUGAAACUAAAUUGCAUUCAUAUUUUUCCAAACCAACUUUUUGGUAAGGGAGUUUUCAGCCAGCAAAUUUUUAAAACUAUUCGCUGGGUCUUGCAUUAUUUCUGAAGUGUAAUACUGUUAAGGCCAUUUACUGUAAAAAGCUGUUAGUCAUGCCAUUGAAAGGCUCGAGGAAGAAGCAUUUACAGGGGGUGCAAACGUGUUUCUGUGUACCAAGUAACAUAUUUCUUGGGUGUUGUAGGAGUCACACAGGAAGAAACAUUUGACUGAUGUUUGUGUGGCUACAUAAAACUGGUAAAAAUGUGAAGAGCAGAUGUGAGAGGUAACCGAAGUGCCUCUUUGAAAAUGUGAACCAAAAAGUAAAUGUCUCAGGAAUACCAUGAAUAGUUCUUUGUAUGUCCCCCGUACUUACCACAAAUCUGUGCAAAUUUUGGUCUGUUCUUGUUGUUUUUUGUUUUUUUUAGGAUUAUUUAAUUAUUAAAUUGCAUAUAUAUUUAAAUAUAUUUAUUGGCUUUUGUAACUGCGAAGAAAAAAUUAAGAAUGCUUUAUUAAACAUCCACUUGAUGUGGUUUAUUUUCAAGAAAGAGGCAUGUAAUUUUUUAAAAUUUUGGCGUUUUGUUGGAUAAGAUUUGGUGCACCAACUAGUUUGCUGCAUGUGUCAUGUAAUGAGUCACCCAGUGACAGUGAGCAUUUGGUGAAAAUGUUACAGUUGCUCACUGUUGCCCCCAACCUGAACAACGUGUACAUAGCCUCCAUACAUCUGACAGUGACAAUAAACCAUUUGUAAAUAGAUAAA